AUGAAAAAAUCAUUAAAAACUAAGGAUAACUACUUGGAAGAUCUCACUUUUUUCUCUCGAAUAAGCCUCAGCACUUUCGGAGCCUGGCCUAGUCAAAGUGAAAAAAUAUCAAGAACUUUUUUUACUAUUAGUCUAUUCUUUCUACUAUUCGGUGUGACUAUUCCUCAAUUCUUUCGAUUGUUUCAAGUUUGGCGCGAUUUGGAUCGUUUGAGUAAUGUUUUGUGUACAGCAGAAUUGCCAUUCAUUGUGGGAAUAAUAAAAAUGAUUGUCCUUUAUCUCAAUAAACAAAAAAUUUUGACUCUUUACGCUUACAUGAUGCACGAUUGGAAGAGAAAAGAAAGCAAUGAAGAAUUAGAAAUAAUGAUAAAGAAUGGUCGUCAGGGGAGGAAAUAUUCACUGAUAUGCAUAAUAACUGGUCACAUGACAGUCAUUGUUCAUGGUAUACAAUGCAUUCUGGCAAACAUAUCAAUGUGGAAUAGUCCGGAGUAUUAUAAAAAUUAUACACUAUAUGUUGACGCUUAUUUUCCAUUCACAUGGAACUAUAGUCCAACAUUUGAGUUUUUAUGUUGUUUCGAGUACAUCGGAGCAACUUGUGCGACAUUUGCCAUCAGUGGAACGGACAGCAUCUAUUGUCAAAUAUCAUUUCACUAUGCCGCACGAUAUCAGAUUUUACGCCUAAGACUCAAGCGUCUUAUUGAAAAUUUUAAUACAUUCAAAUGUGAUUCCGAGUUCAAUGCGGAAUUUGGCAAAAUUAUAACCAUUCACUACGAUAUCAAUAGUUGCAUCGAAAUAAUAGAAAGUAACUUUUAUUUGAUGUUUCUCGCACAAUUAGUUAUUAGUGCUCUACAGUUUUGCCUACUAGGUUACUUUCUUGUUUUAAGUUUUGAAUUUGCAAAUACGGCAUACGGAAGUGAAUGGUAUAAUUUGCCAAUAAGAAAAGCAAAAUGCAUUAUUUUAUUAAUUCAAGGUGGAAACAAACCUGUAGAAAUAACGGCUGGGAAAUUUUUCGUUUAUAACUUUAAACUAUUUGGCAGUGUGCGUUGUAAUCAUAUUAUAGUUCAAGUUAUUCAUCACCUGAAACAAAAAUAA